AUGGAAAUCACGACCAUCUACGCUAUUGCCGCGGGCGGCAUCGUCUCCGUGUUCAUCUUCAUCCGCUGUCUUUAUCUUCUUGCUCCGCUGCAGAGCACCGUUUCGGUCUUCGUUUCAAGGCAUCUAACCUACCCGUAUUGCCUUGGUCGCCAUCGCUUCGCCGGGCCCUGGACUCGCGCUGGUGUUCUCGUUCAUAUUUCGUAUCUAGCUGUGAACCUCGUUUGCCUGCUCCUUUCGGCCCCCUCGGUAUCUGAUAUUGGUGGCCGAGCGGGCGUGUUGUCGGUCGUGAAUAUGACCUUUCUCUUCACAGGGCCACAUCUCAGCCUCCUGGCCGACAUUCUUGGUGUUUCUCUUCAUACAUGCCGCAAGAUACAUGGUUCGAUGGCUUGGAUGAGUGUUCUCCUUCUCGCAAUCCAUGUCGUCAUCGCACUUCUGAUCGGUCGAGUUGCUUUCCCUCUGAGGGAUGCCGCCAACCUCAUCGCUGCCAUUAUCCUGUUCUUCUGCUAUCAGAACGGCGCAUUCACGUCUCACGGGCCACCUCGGGCAUAUGUCAGCUGUGACGGUACGGACGACGACGAGAAAACAAAUGAAGGUGUCGAAAAGGCCGCCGCGGUCCAGGUUGUUCUGCCUCGCCCGAUGAGAUUGGAUGCCGGACAGUAUGUCAAUCUCUGGAUGCCCACGGUAAGUUUGUUUUCGUGGGCACAGACCCAUCCCUACAUGAUCUCUUCGUGGUCUCGAGGAAAGCAAACCAAGUUGGAUCUCUACGUGAAGGCUCAGCAUGGUCUGUCGGCUACGUUGCUCGACCGUGCCAGAGCGGCACCGAGUGGAUCUGUUUCCUUCAGUGCCUUCGUUACCGGCCCUCACGGGAUCACCGAACCUGUCGACCGGUAUGAGAGUGUCCUGCUGGUCGCCAGUGGUGCUGGCAUCGCGGCCGUGAUCCCCUAUCUCAAAAAGCUGAUCUAUGGCCACAACACCUCGACUUGUCGCACGCGGCGGGUACAUUUGGUGUGGCAACUACGAACCCUCGAAUCAGCGGUGAACAGCUUGCUAAAAGAUGAUACUGUGGGCCAAUGGCUACGUGUGUGA